UGACUUUGACUUCUCCUUUCAUUUGCUCAAGCCCUCAAUUAUUCAAAUACUUCUUUUUUCAUCAUCUUUUAGUACUAUAGUACUAUUCAUGAACAACCCAUUAUCCCCAAAUUAUUUAUUCAAUUGUGUGAUACUGCGGCUGUGCUAAGCAAGAAGAUGAAGUGGGUGUCUAUGAAAAAUGAAGGGAAGUUGUUAUUCAAGUCUAAAUUGAAGUUGGUUGCUUUAGCUGGGCUUGUUCUAUCUGUUCUUUCUCUAUUCACCCAUUUUCUUCUAGCUAAACAUACCUAUGGGAUUGUUUAUGAGUACCACUCUUCAGUUACAAUCAUGUCAUGGAUGCCUAAAUUCAAGAAAUCAGAUCUCUCCACUAAUAAUCAUCCAUCUUACAGGAGACUAUGGGCUCCAGUUAGGCAUUUUGAAUCUUUACAUCCUCAUGCAAAUCGGAGUGGAGAUUAUGCAGCUCCUGAAAUGCAAUCAACUGGAUUCAUCUUUGUCAAGAUACGUGGGGGUUUCCAUGAGAUUAGGAAUGUGCAGAUUGCCGAUGUUGUUGUAGUUUCGAGACUCCUCAAUGCUACCCUGGUCAUUCCAGAGAUCCAAUCAACCACAAGCAGCAAAGGAAUAAGCACUCAGUUCAAGAGUUUCCCGUACCUCUAUAAUGAGGAUCAAUUCAUAGCAGCACUAGCAAAAGAUGUCAGAAUCGUAAAAACCCUUCCAAAAGAUCUGAAAGGAGCUAGGAGAAAGAAAGAAAUUCCUUCAUUUAAAGUUCCUCAUGGGGCAUCUCCGUAUUUUUACCUGCACCAUGUUCUUCCUAUGUUGACUAAGCACUCUGUGGUUGAGCUUCUUGUUUCUAGUGGUGGAUGCUUGCAGUCUAUCCUGCCUCCACCUCUUGUUGAGUAUCAAAAGCUGAGAUGCAGGGUUGCUUUUCAUGCCUUACGGUUUAGAGAGGAGGUCCAAAAUCUCGCUAUUAAAAUCUUGAAUAGAAUAAGAGCUUCAGGACAACCAUUUAUUGCCUAUGAUCCUGGGAUGACAAGAGAUGCUUUAGCAUAUUAUGGUUGUGCAGAACUUUUCCAGGAUGUACAUACUGAACUCAUCAUGCACAGGCGUGCAUGGAUGAUUAAACGUGGAAUUCUGAAAGGGAAUCUUUCUUCAGAUUCAGCAGAACAAUAUCGUAAUGGCUUGUGUCCUCUCAUGCCUGAAGAGAUUGGUAUUCUCCUUCGAGCAUAUGGUUACUCAUCCGACACUAUCAUUUAUAUAUCUGGCGGAGAGGUCUUUGGUGGGCUGAAGAAGUUAAUUCCACUGCAUGCUAUGUUUGAGAAUGUUGUUGAUAGGACUUCCUUAAGCUCUCCUCCUGAGUGGGAUAAAGUAUAUGGUCAGGAGGCAAACCUUGUCGACCAACAUUCAAUACCUCCACCUUCAGCUAAUGUAGGCAUGAGAUCACAGGCAUGGAAGAAUUCUGGUCCACGUCCUCGUCCACUACCACCGCCCCCAGCUCGACCGAAGAUGUACAAUGUUGAAGGUUGGUGGGGUUGGGUAGCUGAGAGUGAUGAUGAGCCUGAAAGUACUAUCAUGGAGUUGAGAACUAAUGCUCAUCGAUUACUGUGGGAAGCAAUCGACUAUAUGAUUUGCACUGAAGCAGAUGUAUUCAUCACUGGAUUUGACCGCGAUGGUAAAGGAAACCCAAAUCUUGCUAGUUUGAUUGUGGGUCACAGACUCUAUCAGUUUCCUUCAUCUAGAACUUAUGGUCUGGACAGGAAAGAGAUUGCUAAACUUUUUGAAGAGAUUCAUGAUGGUCUCUAUCAACCCAACCACACUUGGAUAACAUCACUGCGCAAGCAAUUACAAAGAAGUUUAAUCGAUGGAUUGUUGGAGGAAUCCAAAAUAUCCAAAUUACGGUCUUUUCUUGCAUUUCCAGUUCCUGAAUGUUCUUGCAUUGCAAAUGAUUCCACGAAGAGAUCAGUCAACAGUUCAAGCCCUAAGCCAAAAUAUGAGGUUCCAAUGUUUUCUGAACAAGUAGACCAAUGCCCUUCUUGGAUGAAUGCCCCCACUUCUCAAUCAAGGGAAGAAAUGGAAGAGGAAAAUGACAAAGAUGAUUCUGCUUCCUCGGGGCUGUUCUUGGGGCUGGGUAAUGGUGAUCAAGAAGGUGAUAUCGGAGACGUUAGCAGCAAAGAAGAAGCUCUUGUGGAGGAUCAAGAAGAACUCGAAGGGGGAGAAAGAUAGGAAUAGAGAAUCAACUUAUCAUAAAAAGGAAAGAACAACUCUCACUAACUGCAUUGGAUUCUUUUUAACAACACAUGCGGACUAAGGAAUCUCGUCCGAGUUGAGGUAAGGUUAGCUAGACCAAAAGAUGCUACAACUGGCAUUACUGAUUGUUGGAAAUCCAAUUUUGGUUGAAGAACAGUUGUACUUUAGGAUGACACUUGAUUUCUGCUAAUGUGGAUACGAAAUGGCAGCUGGUGGUGUAAAGUAUUUCAUAAUUGCGUAGAGCUAGUUAAAUAGGAAAGAGUUUAAGUUCUAUGAACUGUCCGUGUAAAAAAUAUUUACACAAUCACUUCACCUGAUGAGAACAAGGAUUUUAGUAAGUUGUAACUCUUAUUGAUUCUGCUCUCUUUUAUGAUAUUUUUAAGGUCCUGUAUUUGGGACUUAUUAGCAUAUAAACAUGUUAGUUAGUCUGA